CUGAUGACCAAGUUGUGCUUCAUUUUGUUGUUGUUCGCCUUGCUAGCAAGCUUUUAAGAUAACGUUAGCUAGCAGCUGUGACUGUCACCGUCGCUUUGUUAGCUAGCCCAACUUUAUGUAUGUAUUUCACAUGAAAAGACACCCGGUUGGAAAAAUGGCCGUGCUUUCGUAGCUAGUAGGAUGACUCUGCCCCUACCUGCAGCUCCGGGGAGAUGACUUGGCUGCACCCGCCCAGGGCAUGGUCAGAAUGGGGCCAGAUGUGCCCCUGCUCAACGAAUACAAACAGGAGUUUUUCUGGAAGCGGUUCCCUCAGACCAUAUUGGGGGGUCCUCGUUUCAAGUUGGGCUACUGCGCCCCACCUUAUGUCUACGUCAACCAGGCGGUAUUGUUCCUGACGCCAUGGCUGUUUGGUGGCAUCGGGACGCUUCUGUGCCAGCUGCAUCUGCUCGCCGAGCUCCACGCGGCAGUGCUCUCUGGCAUGCUGAUGCUCGGGGCUGCGGUGGUGGUCCAGUCCUUGGCGCUGAACGCUGCCAGGAGAACGGGCACAGUAGAGCGUCUGGGAGCGCCCAACAUCCUGGCUGACGAGGAGGAGGUGGAGUUCACCCACUGUGUGGGCCCAGAGACGGUCAGGUUCAUCGCUCCUGGGAAGAGGUUCGGGCUGAACGUGGUGCUCCACACCGUCCUUGCCGGGGCUCUGUGUGGCUUUGGGACAUGGUACGUGCUCCUGGGCAGGUUGACUGCCCUGUAUGGCAGCGUGGGUGUAGCCCUGGUGGUGUUCGUCCUCAGCUGGGUCACCUUGUGCAUAGCAGAGUACUCGCUCAUUGUCAACACAGCCACAGAGACGGCCACAUUCCAGGCACAGGACACCUACGAGAUCUCUCCUCUCACCCGGCCCCUCUACAUCUUGACUUUCAUCGCAGUGGAUCUGGCUGAUAGGUUUGUAGGUCCAGUACCGGAGCUGCAGCUGAUCAGUCAGGUCCUCCAUGUGUUGUUCCUCCUGCUGCCUCUGCUGUGGGCCCUGGGCAUGCUGUCUCCCCUGGACGCCCUGCUCCUCUGGGCCAUGGAGCAGUCCCUGGUGUUUGGUCUCGGUGGUUCUCCCAUGUCUAGCAACCUGAGGUUGUUGCUGAUGUUUGCUGUUUCUAUCAUCGUAGCAGUUUGUACCUUUUUCAUCCCAUCCACUCUGGGGGUGGUCCUGUUUACCAUCACCACGGGGUUCCUGCUGAGUCUAGACUUCAGCCAGCUGGGGACCCUCUGUGUGGGAUCCAGGGCAGCUCGUGGGAAAGAUGGAUGGCCUAGGGAGUCUUCACCCACCCCUCCCUGCUCCUUUGGAUGGCGUCUAGGAGUGAAAGAACUGCUCCUCUACCUGGGCCUGCUGCUGGCGGCCAUGACAGAGGCAGGACUCUUACAUCAUUUCCUGCAUCCCGCCCAGUUCAAGAACCAGACCCAGAUUCUGACGUGGGCCCCUCAGGCUGCUGUGAGCUACCUCCUGAUCGUCCUCUUCGUCCUGUGCUGGGCCCUCCGAGAGAUCCAGGGAGCGUACGUGUGUGGAGGGCUGUUCCUCAACCCCCUGUACCCCAGAGCGAGGGCCAGUGUGCAGGUGUUCAGGCAGAGGAGCAGAGGCCUUCAUGUGGCUGGGACCAUCAGGAGAGUUCUGCUCAAUCUAGUGUCUCCUUUCGCAAUGAUUGCUUUCCUGGCGAUGGACAGCUCUCUGCUGAAGCUCCACACCGCUUCCCUCAGUGUGGGCUUCACCCGGGCCUUCCGAGUGGUGUGGCAGAGCUCUGAGGAGGCACUGCUGCAGAUGGCGGUGGUGGUGUCUGUGAGGCUGGCUGCUGGGGACAGCAAGCUGCCAGGCUGGGACUUCCUGGGUACAGGCGUCCAGCUCCUCCUGGUGGGCCUACUGAGUGACAGGCUGGUGCAGUUUCUGGCCAAGCUGAAGUUCACGCUGACGGUGCUGGUGACGUCCUGGACGGAGAAGAAACAGCGGCGGCAGUCGGCCGGCGCCCUCCUGGCCCUGAACGCCUCCCUGUGCCCACUGCUGCUCUCGGUGGUGGCCCUGUCGGCCCUGCUGUCCGCGCCCCUCCUGCCCCUCUUCACCCUGCCCAUCUUCCUGGUUGGCUUCCCCCGGCCUCAGCGCAGCUGGCCUGGCCCCGUGGGCACCGCCUGCCCCUGUCCUGACUCUGUCUACUACCAGCAGAUAAGCAGGAGCUUGGCUGGAGCUCUGAGGACUGGCUUUGCCGCAGGAUCGCUGGGGUCCCUGUCCCCUGGUUCUCACUUCCUGGGGCGAUUCCAGGACCGCGUUGUGUGGAUUGUGAUCCUCGAACGAGGAUACGGAUACCUCACGGUCAACAUCAAGGGGCUGGAGCUUCAGGAGACCUCCUGCCACACGGUGGAGGCACGCAGGGUGGACGAAGUCUUCGAGGGGGCCUUCGAGCGCCCGGAGCGCUUGGGGCUCACCCAGCGUCUCAACAUGCACUGGGGCAACGCCCUCACCCCCUGCGCAGUGCUGCCCGUGAGGGUCUACUCAGACGCCCGCAACGUGCUCUCCGGCAUCAUCGACUCGCACGACAACUUACGGACGCUCCAGGACGACUUCCUGAAAACCCUGAUCUGGCUGCUGCUGAGGCACUGUGUCCAGAGGGGUCACCAGGGCUUUACCUGGGGCCCCGAGGAGGGGGCCGGGGCCGGGGGCAGGAGGUCCCAGUCCUCCCAGCCGGCCCAGUCAACGUGCACCCAGCCGGCCGAGGCGGUCGUGGUCGAGUCGAACGUCUCGUCUCUCAAGUUCAGGCGCGACAGCUCCAGCCUCACUUCCUUUGGCGACUGGUCCGACGAGGACGAUCUGUUUGGGCCUCAGCCGGCCAGGCGGACGGUGGCGCUGGUGAGUACGGAGGCCCAGUUGGGACACACAGUCAUGCAGAUGGGCCCCUCCCUGCCCGGCUCUGUGGAGAUGGACAGCUUGUUUGAGAACAUGGCCUUGUCUGCCCUGCAGCCUCUGCAGCCUCUGGGGCUGGGUCUCGGCCUCCCGGCCGUGGACAAGGGCCGGAACCCUGGGGGCCUCUCAGACGCCCCCGGCCUCGGCCCCACCACGCAUCUCAGCUUCAGCUGCCCCCACUCGGAGCUGUUCAACCUGCCCUCGGGCUGGAGGACGGCCCCCCUGCUGCCCUCCCGCCUACUGGGGCUCAGGCCCCUGUUCCCGGAGGACUGGUUCAGGUUUGCUCUGGGCCGCUUCGGCCUGCUCCUCCAGGGCGAGGCUUUGGAGGACAUGACCAAGGCCCUGAAGGAAGACGAGGGACUGCGGGAGCUUCAUGCGCAGGUGGCCUUGUCCUGCCUCAUAUCCCUGGGAGCAGAAUCCUCCUUCACCAGCCCCAGCUACGUCUACAGGCUCUACUGCGGAGACGUGCCCUGGACAGAGGGGCUGGACUGGCUGUCCAACAGUAAAGAACUCUACCAGCUUGCACUAAAGGCUUUCAGGUUCAGUUUCAAGCUGCUGUUCGACCAGGCCAGCCUGGGGCCCAUGGAGACCCUGGAGGAGCUGUUCAGCACCCUGGAGGAGUACGACAGGGACUGGUACAUCGGCCUGGUGGCAGAGCGGGGCUGGCAGGACAGCAUCCUGCAGGAGAAGCCCUUCCUCUUUUCUCUGGGCCAUGACCUCACCAUGGGCACGUACACGGGCCGCGUGCUGUCCCUGCAGGAGCAGCUGGUGCAGCUGGGGAGGCUGAACGGAGAGGGGGUGCGAGGGCAGUGGGCCAACCUGUCCUGGGAGCUGCUGUACGCCACCAACGACGACGAGGAGCGCUACAGCAUCCAGGCCCACCCCAUCAUGCUGAGGAACCUCACCGUCCAAGCUGCAGACCCACCCCUGGGAUACCCCAUCUACUCCUCCGCCCCCCUGCACCUCCCCUGCCUAUGACCCCCAGCCCCCCACCACUACACUCCUGGCUCCCUGGGCUCCUUCUCCACACCUGCCUCCCGUCUCCCCAGCCUUGUGAUGGGGGGAGGAGCCUCCAAGGCAGAGCGUCGGGCUGCGUCAUAAAGUCCUACGAGACAGAUCAAAUCAAAAUGCUGGAACCAGAGCACACUACUAACAUGUCAAUGAGGAUUCAUUCAAGUUUGCUA